UAACGGCACCAUAAAGACAGCGCUUCAGGGAAACAAGCAUUCGUUAACUUUUUUGACGGCUAUCUUCCUAUUUUGAGAAUUUGUAUAUUUCCAAAGGAAAAACCGUACCGUGUGCGUAGUUAAUUACACUGCUUUCAAAAUAUAGUAAACGGGAACUCUAGUCAUGAACUGACUGAUUUGGUGGUUCUUUCUGUUUCGUUCUGGUUAAUUCAUCACUGGCUAUUAUAAAUCGCGCUGACCAAGGAUAACAUCGAUAUCAGAUAGUCAUCCUGACAAUAACUUGGUUUAUCAUCAACGAAGAGGAAACGCUUUCAUGUCAGAAAUGAACAACCGAAAACGAAAGCCAGGAGAAUCAGGUCAGAGAAGCCGGAGGGAUACUUCUUGGUAUUACAACUUUUCUGAGCCGAUUGAGGACACAAAAGCGGAUACAAGAAUCAAUAUCUUGGAUAUCUACAUUAAUGGAAAGGAAAAUAAUACAUUAGCGUUUGAAGACAGUUCACCGCUCUUCAGCAGACGAAGGGACCGUUGCUGUUUUUGCUGUUUUUGCUGUCCGUUUGAGUGUCCUGGAAGCAGAGGACGAGUAGCAAAUAUGGAUCAAGCGAGUCGCUACAAUCCAAGACCAAGUAUGGAAGAAGCCUUAGAAUGGACCAAAUCAUUUGAAAAGCUUCUAACUAACAAAUCUGGUAUCAAGCUUUUCCACGAUUUUUUAAAGAGUGAAUACGCUGAAGAGAAUCUGUUAUUUUGGUUAGCGGUAGAAAAGCUUAAGAAGGAGACAGAUCCAGCAAACAUCAAAAACAUAGCACAGAUGAUAUAUAACGACUACGUAUCGACAGAGUCACCGAAAGAGGUGAGCAUUGAUCACAAGACAAGACAAGUGAUAGACCAUGAGAUUGUCGAACCAACACAGAAUACAUUCAACAAAGCACAGCAACAUGUUUAUUACGUGAUGUUCCUGGACUGCUAUCCACGAUUUCUCGUGUCUUCUUCAAUGAAGGACCUUUUGAAUUCCAACCAAUAGUUAUAGACUUUUUCAAGAUUUCAUCAAAUUUGAAUGGAAGAGUUGAUGAUUGUUGAAUCACUGGUGAAAAUCAGUCCGAAACCCGUUUCUUAUAAGAGUUAGCGUUUCUGCGAUGUGAUAGCCCUAAAGAUAGGGGGGUGGGAGUUGUGUUUCAAGGGCUAUAAUGUUAAAAGACUGUACAUAGUCAACUUAUGACUUAAUUACUCAGGUCAAAUGCGUGAAAAAAGCAUCUAAAAGUCUAUUGAAAUUGUAUUUUAAAAUGAUUGAGGCUGGACCUUUUCGGCCUAUGGCCCAAUGUUUGAUUUUUUUUCUCAGGUUUAAUGCCUCUAGCCAUGUAUUAAUUGACAUAGGUGUGAAUUAUGAAAUCAAAUUCCUUGAAUGGGA